CGUCAAUGAUGGCAGCCCCCAAAAAUUAUGUCAAAUGUUUUUCGUUUUCAUUCUGAUGUGUUGGGUCUAGCUGAAAGACAAUUUAUUAUUUGAACUGUAAACCACUUUUGAACUAUUAUUUUAGUGUAAUGGGCAAAUUUCUAUCUUGAUGUUAUGUUUUCGUAUGUUGAAUGUUGAAACCUCGUUGGAUGUAUAACUGAAGCAUAAUGGCAAGUGAAGAUGUUAUAGAAUUAGGAUCUUCGGACGAUGACACUGAACCGGCUCCCAAAAAGAGUAAACCCAAACCAGAUGCAAUGGUGUGCAUACCAAGGUACAAGUAUAAUGAGGUCACAAUAAAGCCUACUAGUACCAAAUUAAAAGUACUUGGAGCACCUGGAAAAUCUGGGCCCUCAAAAAAGAAUGAACCUAUUUUAAAAGUCUUAUCUGCGACAGAAGGAGUAACUAUUGCCAAAGCAACGUCACUGAAAAGAUUACCAGCGCCACAAAAAGUAAUUUCUCCAAAAGAAUUGGUAACAUCAAAAUCACCUGGAAUAUUAAAACCAGCUACCCCUUUAGCGAAGAAAAAAACAACUGUGACUAGAAUUUCAAAUUUGUUAACCAAUCCAUUUGCAAACAAAAAUAAACUCAAUGGUAAACCCAUACAAGCAGUGAUUUCGAAACCACUUUAUAAUUUACCUAAAUCUGUUAAAAUUCAAAACGCUCCAGCCAACAAAGCGACUUUUAUUAGACAAAAUCCAAUCAAAAUUGCAAAUAUUGCCCCUGCAGUUUUGAAUAAUAUAAAUCAAGCAACUAAUCCAAUUAAAUUACCACCUAGUAUAACUGUAAAAAGAACUCCUAAGCCUGCUCAUAAACCAGUUAUUUAUAUGAAACUUAAUAAAAAUAUUACAAACACAAAACCAAUCAAUGUAGUCCCUACAGUUGAAUUAGAUGAUGAUGAAAACUCUGUCAAUGAACCAGCUGCCCCUGGCCCUGCAUGGUAUUUAAGACCAGAGGAACAAGAAACUUCUACUUUAGAAGAAGAGAAUAACAAAGAACCAGAAGGUCCUAAGAUGAUUGAAAUAACAAUAGAAGAUAGUCCCAUUAAACCAAUGACAAAUAAAAGGACUUGUGAAAUUGGUACUGAACUAGCCAUCACCAUUGAUGACAGUCCUAUCAAAGCAGUAGCAAAUAAGAAUGGAUCUCAGAGUGGGAGUGAAGAAGAAUCUACUAUUCCAAAAUCUCCCAACAGUAGAAAGAGAUUAGAGUAUUCUAAAGAAGAUGAAGAGAGUAGAAAAACACUAGAAAUUGAAAUUGAAAUACCUACUGGGGAAGGUCUUGAAUUAAAUAAAAAGAGUACAGAUAAAGAUGACAAUAAUGAUAUUCCUGAAGUUAGUGUUGUGACUGAACAGGCAGAAUCUAGUAAAAGAGAUGGUACUUCCAAAGUAUCAAAUGACUCAGGAUCAAGAGAAAAAGCAGUUGAAGUGCCUAGUACUAGUGUCCAGGGUGAAUUUCAUUCUGUGUACCAGAACUUUAUUGAUGUCUGUUUUCAGUUAGAAAAUUCUGAAGAUAUGAAUAAAAUAGUAGAAAAGAAAAUCAAAGGUUAUUACAGACAAGUCCCAAAAGAAUACACAGAAUCUGAGGAGUUCAUUGACAUGGUUAAAAGUAAAAUAGUUGCAAUGAAAGCUAGCCCUGAAAAGAUGUAUUUGUUUAUAAAAGAUAUUGUUGAUGAACUUAAUAUGCAGAGAAAAAGAACUAAAUCACAACCACAAGUAGUGAAUUUGGAGACAGUACCUGAAGAGUCGGAUCAGUUUCAGUUUGGAAAUGAAAAUGAGUUUGAUUCAAAACGUCAAAGGCAAAUACGUAAACUAGAGAAGACUAUAAAGAAACUACACAGAGCUAUACAGAAAUUGGAAGAACAUGAGGUCGACUUUGAUGAUGAAGACGACUCAGUUUAUUUAUUGACUGAAAGGUAUAAAGAAAGAAUGGUACGAGUUUACGCGAAAUUCUGUCAAUUAACAAAUACAAAAAUGCCUUCUGAACCACGUAUUACAGUGGAAUCGCGACCAGGGCAACCGGCUGGUCCGGCAAAACGACUUGAAAAGUGGGUCAACAAAAAGGUACCUAUUGGCACCCCACUGCCGUUCCCAGAUUUCCACGAUGUGCUCCGAUGUGUUAGAGAGGCUAAUGAUGAAGACAAAUUGUGUUGGAAUGAGGCACAAAUUAUGGAAGAGGCUCGAGACUUGUUCACAAGAUGUGGUAAGAAACUACAAAGGCGUAGACAAGAGAAUGAAUGGCGGCUAGCAGCUUCAAGACUUACGUUAGAUGUAGGAGACCCAGCAGAAAAUAAUGAGCAGCUAAGGCAUCAACUUGAAGUGAACAGAAAGCUCGCAUCCAAUAAAGAGACUGAAAUAUUUAAUAAGUAUGCUGACCGACAGAACCAAAUGAAAUUGGAAGCUGAAGAAAUUGGAGAUAAGGAAGCUGAAGAGUCACCAGUUGAAAGUGAAGAUGAAUAUGCUAAUGAUGAUGAUGAUAGUGUUUCUUUAGAGAACAAAGGUAAAAGAAAGGAAAGAUUGAAGCGGUUAAUAGAGGAGAUAUCCAAAGGCCCUAGUGAAGGAAAAGAGAACCAACCGUUAGAAGAACCCAACACUAGUCCAACAGAGGAUACUACUAAAGGAACAGAAGUUAAAGGUGAUAAAGAAGACACUGAAACUUUGGUUUCAAGUAAAACCACAGACAAGGACAUUCAGAAUGCUGAAACAUUUUCAGUAAGUAGUGAAAAUAGUAAAGAUUUAGAUUUAGAGUCAGAUGUAGAUGAGCUUCACUUGUUGCAAAAGUUGCAUAAAGGUAAUGAAGAUACAUCCACACAGGAAUCUUCAGAUUCUGAUAGUCUAAUAGCUAUUUCAGACUCACUGGACUCUGACAAUGACAGUAAAGAACUAAGUGACGUAAUUAGUAUCGAAAAUUCGAGCUAUUCAGAGAGUGAAGCUGAUAAAAUGAAUAGUGUGCCAUCUAAAAAACUAGAUGUUCAGUUAAAUAACAAAACUGACCUUCAAAGUAAUGAAAUUGAACUUGUUUUGGAAGAUGCUGACAUGAACCCUGCAAAUGACAUGACUGUGGAAUGUUCUAAAUCCGUUGAAGAUAAUCUUCUUGCGUCCUCAGAUAACGAAAGUGGCGAAAAUAAGAAGGCAGAACACACUACACUUGCUGUAGAGAUUGAGAUACCCUGCGAAGAUGUGGACACGCCCUCUACUCAAGUAGACGCACUUUCUCCUAGCGAUACUUGCAUUAAUCUUAAAGAUGAUCUCAUUUCAAUUGAUGAAACAGUUGUUGGAAAUAUAGCCGUUAACCCGGAAGAAAAUACAGAUAAUGAAUUGCCUGUGAUAGUAUUUGAAACAGAGAAUAGUGAGGAUAAACUUAGAGCAGUAGAAAUUAAUGAUAAAGAAAAAUUUAAAGAUGGAAAUAGUAGAAAAGAGGACAGAGGUGAUAUCAAUGCAGAUUCAUUACAAGUUGAAACACCUGGUGCAUCAGAAGAAUUACAAGAGGACAUUGUUAGUAGUGCUUCUAUCUGUCCUGAUCUGGAUCCACCAGAACCUAUGGAUGUUGAUGAGCCUCUUGUGACCGAGACGGUAGAGGCCCAUUUACAUACAGGAAAAUCUGAAGUUGCAUUAUAAUCAGUACCUAAAGGGUAGUUCCAAUUUAUUUUGCUAAAUAUGACUGAAGUGUUAGUGCAGAGUAAUUAUUGUUGGUAUGUGUGAGUGACGUGAUGAGUGGAUGUCGAGGAAGCCAAAGAAGUAUGUAUAUAAUCGCGUGUGGUGCUCUGCAGUUACUAGUAAGGAGGUAUUCACUACACCUCAAACUAUACAAAAUCAGUUUAUGCUUUGUAUGAUCUCUCGGCACAUUCAUUGGCCAGUUUAUACUGGUUUGGUAUAGUUUGUUGUGCUGUGUGCACAUGUACAUAUAAACAAAUAUAAAGCUAGUAAAAGUUAUUGAAGUACUACAAAUAUUAUAACUUGUUUAGCUUGUUGGUUUAUCUUCGAUGGCUGAACUAUGGAAAUUAUUACUUUUGUUCAUACAUAAUUAUAUUAAUUAGCUAUUUAUUAUAGAAUAUCAAUAUAUCCUACAAAGCCAGAUAUAUCUGGAUAAUCUGAUUGUCAGUUCUAGUUUUGUAUAACUAAUUGAGGUACGUAGAGGUGUACCACGCCUACGAAUCGAAUGCAAUAUGUUCUGAUUUUCAUAAAGAUUUUUAUAGUCAUUCGUAAAUUAAAAUUAGAUUAAGGUGCAGCGCAGACGGUACACUUUUUGUGCGAACGAGUCUGCGGCGCACAAAAGUUUGCAUGACGUGCUCGCGUUGACGUCGUGUACACGUAAGUAGGUCGCGGAUUUUUCACAGACUCACGACUACGACGCACAUCUUUGAUCGUUCUGUCGGCAGGGCUGUAGGGACGUAGACGCUAUGGAAAUCGUGCAGAAAUCACGAAGUAUUAUUUUGUACAUGAAGUACAGAAAAAGAAGAAAUAGAGAAUUUUGGGUGCAUCCUAUACUGUCAGAAAGAUUACUGAAGGGGACCAUAUUGAACAUUCAAUACUGAAACAUCCGGAAAAAUAUUGCAAAUUUUAUAAAAUGUCUGUUGCUACAUUUGAGAAACUGCUAUUUAUUUUAAGACAAAUUUUAUUUCUUGAAUUAACAUCGUUACAUCGACCUCAGGCACUAUGAUAAUUGAUAGCGUGCGUUACGUCGACCCCUAGCAAAUGCAGAUUGCCGACUGCGUGCGUCUGCGUUAGCGCGCGUUGAAGUUUUUUAGAUACUGAUUUAUUGUGCAUAUAUAAUUGCAUAGGUUCUAAUAUCACAGACUAAAAAGUGCGUCACAGAUAGUCUGUCGUCUGCGCUGCGCCUUAUAUUGGGCAUUUCAUUUGGGAUGCGCCGAAAUGAAUAGAUACUUUAUUUUUGUUUUAUUAUUAUUUAAUGAAACUGAAACAUACUUACGUUUACAGGUUAUAGUUAUAAAAACGUUACACUGUUGAUUUAUGUCAAUAUUAUUUGUAAGUUUAAUUUUAACUUUAAUAAAGUAUAUAAGUUACAGUACGGUCAUCAUAAUCAUAGCAAUAAAUACGUCUUUCAGAAACGAUA